AUGUUCUUAGGUUCAAUAGAAGAGGAGAAUCCGUGCAAGGUAAGGUUAAGACUUAAGAGGCAAUGGAAGAGGAGAAUCAAUGAAAGCACGAACAGACCGAUAAAUCAAAAUGUGGUCCAUGUUAAAACGCUCACCCAGGAGCGGAUACUAGGCCCACCUCAAGCAUCUAUCAAUCAUUGA